GAGAAGUGGAUGCGGAGGGUUUGAAAACAGAGCGCGAUUUUGUGGCACUUUAAAACCAGCAAACGUUAAUUGUUUGUGAAAAAUAAAUCGUUUAAAAAAGUAUCAAGAGACGCGUUCCGGGUGGCAGACAUGUCAACAAAGAAGCUAGCCAAAGAAUUGGGACUGCUGAGGCAGCGCAGUCAAGCCUCCGUUGGCUUGACAAAGACUCUCCUGUCAAAUCAAGUUUUUGCAUAUCUGAUCGUCAUCGACUUUGAGUCCACAUGCUGGAGAGAGAAAACCAACUCCAGCCAGGAAAUAAUUGAAUUCCCUGCUGUUCUUCUGAACACAUCCACGGGGGAGAUUGAGUCGGAGUUUCACACAUAUGUUCAACCCCAGGAACAUCCCGUACUGUCGGCCUUCUGCACCGAGCUCACUGGCAUUACACAGAUGCAAGUUGAAGCGGGAGUCCCCCUCCGGAUCUGCCUGUCUCAGUUCAAUCGCUGGCUGCAAACGCUGCGUCUGGAGAAGGCGCUCAUCUUUCCUACCCGGCAACACAGCGCUUCCGCCCCGCCGCCUUCCAGAAAGCUGUGCACUUUCCUCACGUGGUCGGAUUGGGAUCUCGGAGUGUGUUUGCACUACGAGUGUAAACGCAAGCAGAUCCACAAACCAGAUGCGGUCAACAGCUGGAUCGACCUGAGGAGCACCUACAGGAUGUUUUACAGCAGGAAGCCCAAAGGUCUGAAUGGGGCGCUGCAAGAUCUGGGGAUCCAGUUUUGUGGAAGAGAACAUUCUGGUCUGGAUGACGCCAAGAACACGGCUCGGCUGGCAGAGAGGAUGAUGAGGGAUGGCUGCGUGAUGAAGAUCACCAGAAGCUUAGAGAGGGAAGAGAAACCAAAAAAUAAGCCAACAACCUCCACUCCGUCUUCUGUUGCAAACGCCACUAAAGUCCAAAACCUGCAGGAUAACUCCGGUCCUCGAGUCUCUGUCCCGGGCCAUGAGAGUCUGGUGUCACCAAAGACUCUCCUCAAUGGUACCACGUCACCCCUGUGUGGUCUCUGGAGCAAGACGAGAUGCGCCACAGCGGCCAAUCUCUCCAACAACCUCAUUCUCUGCUCCACCGUCAUGGGGGGUCUCCAGCAGCAGCAGGCCGUAAGAAGUGGACCCACAGGACUGGAGGAGGAGCGCGUCGAAGAGUUUGCAGUGGAAGCCGAGGACAGGUGCGGGUCCUACGACGAUGUGGUGCUGGAUGACGUCGGUAUGGACUCGGGGGGGACUUUGGAGGCCGUCUCGGAUCAUUACAGCCUGUGGGGAGAACCCAAGGAGACCCCCGCUGAUACAGCCGUGUGUCAGGGUGAUGUCCCCGGAGGACCAGACGCUUGCUUUGCAGUUCUUCAGACGGCUUCAAGACACCAACUCCGGCAUAAAACCAAUAAGACACCCUCCUUCGUCCCUGAGAGGACGUCCACCCCCAACGCCUCCAUCUUCCGCACCAAAGGAGGCAUUGCGCCGUCAAAGUCGCCCUUUACUGUCCUCGCUGAUUCUUGGAAGAAGGUUGCAGCUUCCGCUUCCCGCAGAGUCCCCAAGACUGUCCUGUCCUCGAUACCCGCCAACGUCAUUCCAUCCCGCGGGGGGAAGAUCACGCCGCCGCUGUGCGACUGCGGCCGCCGCACCAAGCGCCUGCAGGUGUCCAACAGCGGUCCCAACCACGGCAGAGGCUUCUACUGCUGCGCCGUGCGCCAGGCGACAAGGAAGGGAUGUGAGUUCUUCAAGUGGGAGUCCACCCUGAAGAAGACCAGCUCCGUCUCGCUCUGUCACGCCGACAGAAUGCUCGGCCCUCGGCGAUCUCAGAGGAAGAGCGUGUGAGUGCCGAUAUCAAAAACGACACAAAUCAGGAUUUGUGUACUCACGCACUCAAAAGAACAUGCUGUCUUUUACCACAGUGGCAUCUGCUGGAUCAGGUCGUGCACUGCUUCAACACAUUUUAUUCACACAGUAGCUUGUUUUUAAUAGUGUGGUCAGAUGGCGCUAUCUGCGGGGGGGGUACUGCAUCUAUGAACCCAGCAGAGGGCGCUGUCUCUCAAGUCAAUUCACUCAACAUUUUCCAGCAGGAAGAUGCUUUGACAAGACAUGAUGUGGUGUAAAUGCACAUUUCUUUCUUGUGUAAAACUCACUUUGUCAUUUUUGGCUGCCAUGGAAAUCGUAAGGAACGCUGAAUAGCAUGCACAUGCGCAGGCUGCUCGCUAGUGACGUGCGAUACCGCCGAUUUUGUUUCCCAGCCAAUACUGAGUAAAAUUCAGGCUGAUAUCGGCGAUACCGAUCCAAUACCGGUACUUUGUGCAAAUUCACCUAAUGCGUCCGGUAAAUUUUAAGAAGUAGUGUGUUGUAUUUAUGUCGUGGCAUAAAGAAUACAAGACAAUUUAAUAAGUAAAUAACCUAAUAGUGAAUUCAUUUACUUAUUUAUUUGAAAGCCCGAAGUAUAUUGAGGUAUCGGGGUGAUUUGCCAAGCUAAUGGGAGAACAGAAUCAUAUCAAAUAUGUGGAAACGGUAUUUUCAACAAAAGAAAAAAAUAAAUAAAAUAAUGAAACCAUUAAAAUAAAUACAAAUGAUUAAAAACUACAAUAACAAUGAAAACUGUAUUUACAAUCCACAUGUGGGUCCGUUUGCGAUCGGUCAUCCUUUCAUAAGACAAACGUUUCAGACAAACAUGACCUCAAACGACUGAAGCAUCGAUAUUUUGAGUUCAGAAUCGAUUUUCGAGCCUGAGGAGCUGGUAUCGGAAGGUAUCGGUAUUUCAGUAUCGGUCCACACAUCACCCUAGCAAAGCUCGCAUUCAGUUGGCGGCAGACCGUUGCUAAAGUGUAGAAUAUAAUUAACCUUUCACAAAAUAUUCAUAAUAUGAUAAAACAAUAAGAUACAGCACAACAACUUUACACACUCUUCAUAUUUUAUAUAAGUUUGCCUUCUGUUUUUCCUGUUGUUGUAUAUUAGCUUGGCCGUAUCAUAAACCACCCCACUACCUCAAUAUACUUCAGGGUUCAAAAUAGAACAAUAACUUCAAUUUCAUGUAUUUAAAUGAAUCAUUUAUUCGAAAUUCAUCAUUUAUUUAUAUUAAUGAUUGAUUUAAUCAAUAACUUCAUUAACUAUCGUGCAUGCAUCAUGCUUCACUACCUUUUUAAC